UUUCCUCCAACUUCGGCGCUGCCACCGGUGCAAGAGCAGUGUCCCCCUCCUCUCCGCCCGGCCGGUCAGGGAUGGAGCAGGACGCGGAGCAGGAGGAGCUGGCCCGGCUCCGCUCCCUCUUCGUCGCCUGCGACGCCAACCGGUCGGGCCGGCUGGAGCGCGAGGAGUUCGGCUCCCUGUGCGCGGAGCUGCGGGUGCAGCCGGCCGACGCGGAGGCGAUCUUCCAGCGGCUCGACGCAGACCGGGACGGGGCCAUCACCUUCCAAGAGUUCGCCAGGGGCUUCCGCGGCGCCAACCGCGGGCGGCGGCGCGACUUGCGGCGGCGGCGCGACCUGCGGCGCGGGACGCUAGAACGCGGGCUGGGGAGCGUCGGCGGCCCGCAUCAGGGAGACGGGGAGGAGGAGGAGGACAGGGAGGAAGAAGCGGAGGGCCACUACGAUGAAGAGGAGAAGAAGGAGGGGGAGGAGGAGGAGGCGACGACGGCUGGGGAGGCCCCGUGGGGCACGGCGGGCCUCGGGCAGGCGUGGCAGGACUUCCAGGUCCGGCUGGGAGAGGAAGCCAAGUAUAUCCCCAGACAAGAACAGGUCAGUGUUCUCUAUCAGAACAUCAACCUCUUUGAGCCAAGAUUAAUUCAACCUUAUGAGCAUGUUAUCAAGAACUUCAUCCGGGAGAUCAAGCUUCAAAGUAUGGAGAUGGAGAACCUGGCCAUUGCAGUUAAAAGGGCACAAGACAAAGCAGCCAUGCAGUUGAGUGAGCUGGAAGAGGAGAUGGAUCAAAGGAUUCAAGCUGCAGAACACAAGACUAAAAAAGAAGAGAAGCGGAAAGCUGAAGAGGCACUCAAUGAUCUCAAGCGACAGUAUGAGGCAGAAGUGGGAGAUCUGCAGGUGACCAUCAAGAAACUCAAAAAGCUGGAAGAACAAUCCAAAAACAUAAGCCAGAAAGAAGACAUGGCUGCAUUAAAAAAAAAAAUUCAUGACUUAUCCAUGGAGAACCAGAAAGUGAAAAAGGAUCUUUUAGAAGCACAGACAAAUAUAGCCUUUCUUCAGAGUGAACUAGACGCCUUGAAAAGUGAUUAUGCUGAUCAGAGCCUGAGUUCCGAAAGGGAUCUGGAAAUAAUACGGGAAUACACCGAAGACAGAGAUAGUCUGGAAAGGCAAAUUGAAAUACUACAAACAGCUAACAGAAAACUUCAUGACAGCAAUGAUGGUCUAAGAACUGCCCUGGAAAACAGUUUCAGCAAGCACAACAGAAGCCUGCGUGCGAGCAAUGUAUCUCCAGGGAGCACGAUCGCGAGAAACAGUCCCAAAUUGCACGGUGGCCAUUCCCCUCAAACUCUACGGUAUGACAGGUCAUCGCGGUCAUCUUAUGUGGAUGAGGAUUGUGAUUCUUUGGCUCUGUGUGAUCCCAUGCAACGGAUUAACUGUGAGGUGGAUAGUCUGCCUGAAAGCUGCUUUGACAGUGGCCUGUCUACUUUCAGAGAUUCCAACGAAUAUGACUCUGAGAUUGAAUACAAGCCCCCAAAGAGUUUCCAGCCACCCCAGAGUGCUCAAGAGAGUGUGACCGGAGAUGCGUCUGAUACAGAUGUUCCAGAGAUAAGAGAUGAAGAGGCUUAUGGUUCCGAUAAUACCGUUAUCCAGAAUCUGAACUCACCUACAACUCUAUUAGACUGGAAACCCAAAGGAUGCUUCGGAUCUUCAACCAGGAAACCCAUCUCAGCACUCUCUUCCCAGUCAGAUCCAGUGGAUGGUUCCCCCAAAUAUCCUAGCUCAGAGAAGGCGUUCAAGAUUGUUCUUGCUGGAGAUGCUGCAGUUGGAAAAUCCAGUUUUCUCAUGAGACUUUGUAAGAAUGAAUUUCGAGGGAACACCAGCGCCACCCUGGGAGUUGACUUUCAAAUGAAGACUCUGGUUGUGGAUGGAGAACCUACCGUGCUACAGCUCUGGGACACGGCUGGUCAGGAAAGAUUCCGAAGCAUUGCCAAGUCCUACUUCAGAAGAGCGGAUGGCGUGUUGCUGCUUUAUGAUGUCACCUGUGAAAAAAGUUUCCUUAACGUGCGAGAAUGGGUGGAGAUGAUUGAGGAUGCGACCCAUGAGAGCAUUCCCAUCAUGAUUGUGGGGAACAAGGCAGACCUUCGUGAGGCAACUUCCACACAGGAGCCAAAAUAUGUGCCCAUUAACUAUGGAGAGAAACUGGCGAUGGCCUAUAAUGCAUUGUUCUGCGAAACGAGUGCCAAAGACGGUUCGAACAUAGUGGAAGCUGUUCUCCACCUUGCCCGUGAAGUGAGAAAAAGAACGGAUGAUGACACUAAGUCAGUUACCAACCUGGCUGGGACGACUUCCAAAAAGUCAACCCACAUGAAAAAUUGUUGUAAUGGUUAAACGUUAUAUCCUUCAUUCAGCCUGUGGAAUUUUCCUUUUCCAACCAAUUGUAUUUGUGGAGUCAUUUUUAAAAGGUGUGAUGUGUGUCAGUGGCAACCAGAAUGUGAAACGCUCCAGAAUCUGGGAAUUUUAGGGCCUAUGCACUAUAGCAAAUAGCCAAAUUCCCUCCCCCGCCCCCCCCAACUUUACUUUGGCUUUAGGGAAGUUGAAAGAGAGAGAGAGAGGUGUACGUAUACAUUUCAUCUUUUGCCAUCAUUCUUGGGCUGUAGUCAUUUCCUGGUGGGGUUUGAGUAAAGUAAUUAUUUCAGAUAGCACUAAAAAUUUUGGCUUAAGCUUGGAUCAAAAUUAAGUAGGAAAUUCACGCUUAGUAGAUGGACUCACCUGAUGGCUGUAAAUGUCUGUACCCUUCAAUGGUAUGUUCUUUAAGUACUGCAAGGACAGAUAAAUGAAAAACUUAGUUCUUGACCAUUGGAGGUAUUAUUUUUAGGUACAGAGGGGGAGUACUGAUUCACUCAUUCUUUAAAAUGAGACUGUUUGUUGAAAGAAAGAAAACCAUUGCUGUAUCUCUUGUUUCAAGCAUUUUCAUCAGUGAGUUUGAGAAUUGAGUGAUAUUUUUCUUCUGUGUAACAGAUUGGCUCCCAAACUCCUUAUGUGUGUGGAAAGGAAGCCUGUGAUAGAGCAUGCUAAAUGUGCAGUUUAGGUGAAAAACUUCAGUGGGCUCUUGAAGGUGUAAAGUAGUCAAAAGCAGAAAAUAUUCCAGAAGUUUCAUUUGUUGGAAACUUAUCGUUCUGCACUUUGAAACGAUAUUGAGUUUGGUUAAGAGUAUUUUAGUGUACAUUUAGUAGCUUUUCCCCCAGCUGCAACUUAGUUCUGUAUGGCUCAUUUCAGAAACUGACCAGUUCAGUACCAUAGUUUGUCCCUAAUGAAAACCGGACAGAUCUUUUAACUGUAUUUGUUGCUUUUCUUUGCUACAUUUUAACAUUGUAUAACUUCUUCAUAUUACAGCAUUCACUUUUAAUGUGCUUUUAAAUGGGAUUUGUUUGGAAGUUAUUUAAUCUUACAUCCCAGAUAAAUAAGAAAAUAUCACUUGGGAAUCCACAGAGAGAAUCUUUACACUCUCUAAAAGGUAGAUGGGAAACAGCAAAUGAAAUGGCGGUGCCUGUUCUGCACUUGCCCAAUAAUCCCAUAAAAGAUAAGCAACUCAGGAACAGGGUUGUCUUUCACUAACAGGUAGUUCUUGAAAAACGGUUCAUCAGCAUGAAAGAUAGAUGAAAGCUUGUCAUUUAAAGGUAGCGAAUAAUCAUCAUUGCUGUUCCUUCAGAAAUGUUCCAAGGGGCAAAUGGCCACCCUUGUUAGCAGUGGAUUUUAAUGGCUGGCUGGUUCCUCCAGUUUGAAUGGGGUGGGGGGAGGAGGUGGAGGGGAGAGGGUUAGUACCCGGCAACAACCCCGUAUGUGAACUGAGAACUAGGUCAAUGACGUGUCCGAUCCUGUAGCCCACGAAGCAGAAUGAAAGAAACCCUGGUGGUCAGAGGGUGUGGCAAGAGGAAGGUGUUUCUUUCUGCCUAUGAAACUCCAGGCCUCUAUAGUCUGAUAUGAGAAUACCUGGCAUACCUGAAAAGAAAAUCGACCUGAUAAUUCAGGCGGCAGUUGGCUCACAAUAAGAUGUUUUACAUAUCUCGGCUUGUGUAAAUUCAGGCUCAAGGUACCUGGCUGAAGAAAUUGAAAAGGAGACAUUUUUUAUUCUCCAGUAACAAAGUUCAUCAAUAACAGGUCAGAGUUUGAGGGAUUAGUGUAAUAAAAUGGUGAUUCAGUUUCCCAAUAAUGUAAAUCAGAUGUACCUUUUGAAUUUUCAUUUUUAGAGGUUCUUAAUUUUAAAAAUGUAUAUUGAAUUCAAUAAGGGAGGGAACCUUUCAAAGGAAAAUGAUUUUAUACUGAAAAUGGUUUUGAGUGUUUUUUUUUUCUUUCUGUCAUAUCAGAAGCGGAAACUCUCAAAGCUAGUAGAUGAUCAUAUCUAUUUAAUACCCACACUUUUAGUCUUUUGCUUUAAUUUAAAAAUAAACUUUGAAUACUCCAUAUUUAUUGAGUUAAUUUAUUUACUAUUUAUACAAGCUAAAACUAGCUCUCUGUUGGCUCAAAAUAAAAUCCCAAGGAGAUGUUUUUAUAAUAGAAUAUUCAACCAGAAAGUUUUUUAUUGACAGACUUUCAAUUCCUAGAUGACAAAACUUUUGAAACGGAAAUAGUAACAUUAAAAAUAUGCACUCUGUCCUGCUAUGAUAGUUUUUGUUUUUUUGACAACAGGUCUGUUGUCUAGAUACAAAACCUCUACUGUUUUGUCAGUCAAAAUUGGAGACUUUCAGUGAACAUUUAGACAGUCUGAAAACAGCCCAUUUUGGUUUUCCUCACAAGAGAGCAUAUACAGCAAAGUAAGAGAGCUUGUUUGUACUCUUGGUCAUAGACAUAAUAUGGAUUCCUAAUGUCUUAGCGAAGCUGAAGUUUAGCUGUAGUUCUGCCCUAGGAUGCUAGAUCAACUAGGGGCUUUUGAUGCUUGAUGUUUUGAAGUCAGUAGCAGUAGUAAUCGUUAAGGUAUCGUUUAUAUGAAAGUGACAAACUUGUGUGUCUGUUUCUCAGUGGUUCAUUUCAAUAUCUGAAGCUAUUGGUAGAAUUAAUUCAAAGUUAGGCUUGGAGAUGCAAGUGCUACCUUGGGACAUUGAUUUCUCCCUAUCUCCUUAUUUACCCAACAAUCUGCAAAUAUGGUGAUUUUUAUGUAUUUGGCACAAAUAUUUUGUUCUGACUCCAUUACCAGAAGAGGAAAUGAUCAAUUGAAGAGGGCCAGGAGAGCUUAUUACUCUGGAUGGAGUCCUUAGUGCAGUUUGGCUAACAGAAAUGAAUCAUUUUGGAUAAAUUUUUAAUUCUGAUCUCCAGUAGAUCACAGUGGAUCUGCAUUUUCGCUUGAUAUUGAACCACCCCCUCCCUCCCCCCACGCCCCCCCCACAAAAAUAAAACCUUUUUGCCAUGCAUUCCAAAUGCCUUCAUGUGAGAUUAAUGCCGGUUCACUCAACCAAAAAUGGCUGAAAAAAUAUUUUUAAAAAGCCCAUUUCCCUCCAAUACCAGGCCACAGUACAGUAUUUUUUAAUGCAUUUCAUACCCCAGACUUCAAACUGAGCUGACGAGCAGCUUUCACUUAUUCCCUAAGAGUCCCAGGCAAAUAAUAGAUCUGACCAUAUUCAGCUUAAAUCUCACGAGUCCACCAGCACAUCUCAUUCCUUCCUAAUGAAUUCUGGCACUUUUGACAAUGUUGUCAUUUCAGGAGGAAAAUAGCUUAUACAAGACACGCUUCACACAACUUUUAGCCCCAGGUGCAUUUAAUUGCUUUCCCACUAAUUGCUUUAUAUGAAGUUUGCCAUUCGAUAGUAAACGUAGUGUGCAUUAGUCAAAAUUAAAGCCUUUAGAGUAAAGAUUUAUUUCUUCUUCGUACAGUGAUCUGCUUCAAGAUAAUCGGUUUAGGCUUUUACUGUAUAUGCAUAGGAGAAGCUUUAUACGUUCGUAGGAGGUAGAACUUACAAAGCAAAUUGUUUAUACAAUUUUGAUUUAUUUGUUUUACACAUUUCAUAGCGUGGAAUGUUUUUUGUUGUUGUUGUCGUUGUUUGAGCAAUGCAGUUCUCUUCAAUCCACUGCUUUUUUACCGGUUCAGAUGUCAAAGGAACCAGGAAUCUUGUCUUCAUUGUAAAUUCAAUAAAGUGUGCUUUAAUUGGCCUGUG